UUUUUUUUUUUUCCAGCGUCCCCCUUUUGCGCGUGCAUCAUGCACUCACUCGCCCGCCGGACUCCUUUCACAACGGAGCGCGAUGGCGCUCUCUCACGACUGACUUCUUUUUUUUUUUUAAAGAGGAGAUGCGCAGACCGAAAGGGGGCUGCUGAUGCGACCACCAGCUCGGCUCCUCUUUGACUCUCUUCCACAUCCGCGUCGAGGAGCACCUUUGGGGGGGAGGCAGAAGCAGAAGGAGGAGGAGGAGAAGGAAGGGAGGCAGCGAGAGGGGGCGAACCGAGGAUGGAGUUCAAGCAUCUGGUGGAGGCGGCCGAGAAGUGGUGCUCGGGGAACCCGUUCGAGCUCAUCUUCGCCGAGGAGGACGACGAGAGGCGGCUGGACUUCUACGCGGAGCCCGGCGUCUCCUUCUACGUGCUGUGCCCCGGCGGAACCGACACUUUCCACGUGUGGAGCGAGAGCGAGGACUGCCUACCGUUCUUACAGCUGGCUCAGGAUUAUAUCUCGUCCUGUGGCAAGAAGACCCUGCUGGAGGUGCUGCAGAAGGUCUUCACGUCCUUCAGGCCUCUGCUGGGGCUCCCCGACAUAGAAGACGAGACGUUCGAGCAUUACCACGCCGACGUGGAGGGCGAGCCGGGGCCCGACCACCAGCAGAUGGGGGUCAGCCAGCAGUGACGAGCACCCCCGCACACACCCGCCAGAGGAAGG